AUUUGUUGACAUGCCAACCAGUCACAUUCUUCCAGGUAAAAAGUCUGGACGAACCUACUCGUCUGAGUUCACGCUUUUGAAAAAAGUAAGCUGCAAUAUUCCUCAGAAAAAAGUAAGCUACGAUAUGUCUCAAAGCAAGAUUUCGGAGUGGCUUCCUAAAAAAGGUCAAGUGUACCAGGAAGAUAUGCCCACAGUAGCUCUGUGUAAACCAAAACUGUUACCUUUGAAGUCUGUGACUCUGGAGAAGAUGGAAAAAAUGCAACGGGAAGCUCAGGAACAAGUUAAAGAACAAGAUAAACAGGAGAGACUGAAUGCUGAGGAGGACUUCAGCCAAUAUUCAUGAUACUCGUUGUCAUACCAAGGAAAAUGUGUUUGAGAGCAAGACUUAAAUUAUUAUUUUUGUAUUAUAUAUUACGUGUGUGUGCUUUGUGUACCUUUUGCUAAGAAGGAAUUUAUACCUGGACAAUUGUCACUGAAUUGUAAGAGCUUUGUGGAUCAUGUGUGAAAGUUUUAAUGUCAGAGUCAGAAUAGUUUUGAGCAUAUUAUUGUGGUUUUUUCGUUGCAGCUGCCCCAUUUCCAUUUUCAGUAUAACACGGAUAGCUCAAAUUCGUCAGGACUGGUCUUGGUAGUUUGUGGGUUCUGUAGAUCAGGGGAUAUCUUACAAAGAUAAAGAUGGAAAAAGAAACGUGACCGCAGGCACAGUUUGACGGAUGCGUGAUUUCAAGUCUUCUUUGUUCGACCUAUCCGUGUUACACUGUAGUUUCUUUUGAAAUAAAAGAAGUAUGUAAUGUCUUUUUGAUCUAAUGCAGCUUGCCUUUAACUCUCCAUAAUGGUGCUGAUAGCAUCUGAAUUGUGUCACAACAUGGUGGAAUCUGGAGCUCGUCAAUUUGGGGGCAUGUAAAGUAAUUAAUAUCUUAACUGGUUCUUUUGUCUUCCUUUUGAUAAAAAAAAUACCCAUCCACCUUUCAAAAGUGGGGGUUGCAUUUUGUCAGCAGCGGUAAAAUUAGUGAGAAAAUUUCUGCUAAAGUUUGAAGAAUUCCAAAGCUUGAGUUUUCCUAGAAACUGUAAAUUUAUAUUUUUUUGUGCCUUUGAUCAAUGUUUUUCACAAAAAUUCACAUAAAAUUUGUUUUUAAAUUGGCUUAAAUUUUUUUGAAAUAGUGACAGAAAUUGAUCAACAAAUGGAAAAAUGUUGGGUUCUUCUAUGUCAUUAUUUUGAUGAGCGCCUGAUUUCACCACGAUGCCACUCAAUUAAUGUGAUGAUGCUACACAUUCUACAGGCCAAUAAGUGACUUACAGUCUAUCAUUCAAAGCAAACACAAUGCGAAACACGCAUUUAGCAAACUGAUUUUCAAGUCCUGAAUUUUUUGUUGUGCAAGAAUGAUGUUAAUUAUUUCUUUGUAUUCAAAACAUGUACAUAACAAAAUUCAUACAUAUUGAGAAUAUUUCCGUGUCCUAUAUGCCUACUGGACUGUUCAUAUUGUUUCAUGGCAAGUAUUUCAUUCUCCACUGUUUGGGCUGCAUGAAAUUGAGAAGACUGUCUGGAUUUCUCUUUAUUCAAUUAUUUACUAUAUAGUUUCCCUUGAAUUUUUUCUCUCCAGACCAGUGUCUGUGAGUAGUAUAAGGCGCUUCACUGUCACAUACAGGAGACCUGAGUUUUUUUCCCGAGCUGGGUGAAUAAUUUUAAUUGAGUAUCUUUUUGGUCUUUCUGUUGGAAUGUUGUAACCCUCUCAGCCUGGGUUGGCCCUGAUAGACAGGGUCAGAAGCCCGCUUAGCCUCCUAAAUGACAUAAAUUGUGUUGAGGGGGUGUAAAAACACAGUGUAGAAUUUAGGUUUUUUGCUUCGGUCAAGAGAACAUUCAUGUUUCAGGGAUUUUAUGGUGUGAAUGAAAUUUUAGGUUGUUUGUAAUUACAAUAGAAAUUUAUCUCUCAAAAGUUCUGCAAUUAUUUUAACCCACCUUUUCAAUCAUUUGCUGAGGGAUACUAGUAAUGUAUUGUGAACAUUGUUACUCUCUUCUUUUGUUCGCAUGAAAAAAUUGCUUUUUUAUUUUGUAAUCCCCAUUUAUUAUUGAAUGAACGUGGCUACAUUUUCGAAACUCUUAUCGUUAGCUAAGUGUGUACAUUUUAUGUGUAGAAGGGCUGUCUAUGGAUGAUGAUAAAGUGCUAAAAGUC